CCCAUAUAAAGGUGACGAAAAACUAUGGCGAGACUUUAAUACGCGUGAGGCGCACGUGAGGAGCUGACAUGGCCGCAGCUGAUGUGAAAAAGGUUUUGCAAUUAAAGCAUCAGCUGAAAGAAUCAUGUGAAGGACACACGCUGCUGAAAAUCUUGAAGAAGCUUGAAGUAUUGGACAUUACAAUUGAAAUUCUCGCUGAAACGGGAAUUGGAAAAGUCGUCAACUCCUUUCGGAAGCAUGAUGAGGCAGGAAAGGUGGCAAAAUUAUUGGUUAAUCGAUGGAAAGCACUUGUUCCGAAGGGCUCUAUAAGUUCGAGUGGGGGAAAGCCUGAUGACCGCCUAGCCCAAAAUGAACAGCUUAAUGAAGACAUUCAAGAAAGGAGUAAACAUGAAAACAACCAGCUUUCAGAGACUGCCAAUUCUAGGAAGAAGCCAAAAAUGGAAAAUUCCAGUACUGAAAAGAAAAUGUCACAGAAUGUCGACAUUAAAUGCAAAAUCAAGCCCAGUAAAUCCAAAAUCUCCUUUAAUGGUGAAAAAAAGGGUGAGCCAAAAAAAGAUUUGAGUGUUAAUCAGGGCUCAGGACAUGGCAAGGAAAAGACAAGUGGUGAGCACACAAAACAUGAGAGCAAAAAGACUGACAAGGCUUCUUGCAAAAAACACGAAAAUAUGAAACGUGAAAAAUCUUUGAAAAGACCCGAAGCAACACAAAAGCAGAGAGAGAAGAGUGGAGAUGCAUGCAAGAAAGAAAAGCUGGAGAAGGCCACAGACAAAGCAGUAGCAAUGGAGGCUGAGGAUGGCUGUCAAACACCUUCCAUGUCCUUUGAGGCCUACCUGAGCUAUGACCUCGAGCCUCCCAAACGCAAAAAAUCCUUCAGUGUUGCUAAGAACCCCAAGAGACUUAAAACUGACCACAAAGAGAGCUCUGCUGUGUCUCUCGUGAAGACGAGCAAAGCAGUAACCGAAGACCCAAUGAGAACGGCACACAAAAAAACCUGUGUUCCUGAGCAGUCAGUGAUGGACUUGCUAAACAUUCCUUUGCCAACCAUUUUUCCUGAAUGCGAGGAUGUUUCUCAGUAUCAGUACUUCAGUGAAAAGAAAGUGGAUCGAAAGGUCAGUGAUGUCUGUGAAGAGCCCCCGGUCUUCAUUGGACAAAGGCUGAAGAAUAAGAUGCAAGUGUACUCUGGGAGUAAGAUGGCGUACCUGCCCACCAUGAUGACGCUGUACCAGCAAUGCAUUCGAGCGCUGCAGAACAACAUUGACUCUCUCUAUGAAAUCGGAGGUGUGCCAUUUGAGAUUUUGGAGCCAGUGCUAGAGCGCUGCACGUCUGAACAGCUGCUCCGGAUCGAGGAGUGUAAUCCAGUGUACAUUGGGGUGACGGACCACCUGUGGGAGAGACACUGUCAGAAAGACUUCAGAAACGCCCAGCUGGAGGAGUAUGAGUCCUGGAGAGAGAUGUACCUCCGCAUGUCCAAAGAGAGGGAGAGAAAACUAAAGCAAAUCACAAAGAGCAUCGUCUCCGCUCACUCCGGGAAGCCCAAAGGCAGGCAGGUGAAAAUGGCGUUUAUUCACUCAGCUGCUAAGCCACCUAGAAAUGUGAGGAUCCAGCAGGAGAUUCACGGCACAGCCGGCCCUGUGACACUACCUCACCCAACAGACCGAGCCAGCAGUGUGAAGCCCAAUGAGAAUCGGGGAAGAUCCGGCUUCAGUGAGCCUUCGAAACCCUCCACUAACAGCUCUGGCCAAGCCCAAGACCCCCGAAAGAUUAAAAGAGUGGCACCCAUGAUGGCAAAGUCUCUAAAGGCCUUUAAAAAGCAGCUUAGUCGCAGAUGAAUGAAGCAGAUGAUACUGAAAGUAUACCACCCCCCCCCCCCUCCCCAUUGUCUAAACUGUUUGGAGUACCUCCCCUCACAAUGUACUUUGUAAUUCCACAAGAUGCUUACAGUAUUGAUAAAAUAUGAUCAACUUCAUACUUAUUUGUAUGGACAAAAAUUGCACUUUUGAAAUCAAGCUGCCUCUUUGUAUUAUUGUUGCUGUUAUUAUUUUUUUUGUUUUUCAAUCAUGACAGAUCCGGUCUAAAUUCUG